AUGCCCCAAUCAAUCAUAAUCCCGCACUCCAAAACCGACGAAACCGCCGCAGUGCAGCGCACAUCGACAUUCACAGGCCAGGUCUGGUCGCAGAUGGUGAUAUCAUCCGGUAACAUCGCGAUCGGGAACAACGUCUUUAUGCCGUGCGCAAGGACGCACUGGCACACGCACGAGGGCGGCCAGAUGCUCUACGUUACCGUGGGGUCCGGGUGGAUUUGUGAUCGCGGCGGCGAGCCGCGUAGGAUCAAGGCCGGGGAUCUGGUCUGGGCGGAGCCCGGCACGACGCAUUGGCAUGGGGCAGACGAGAAUAGUUUCAUGGCGCAUUUGGCGCUGGGGGUGGGGAAGACGGUUUGGCUGGAGGCUGUGCAGGACGAGGAGGGGGCGAGCACGUAG